UGGACACAGUGGAUUAAGUGUGACCAAUGUCAGCCAGAUCUUACUUAUUAGUGACGUGUGAACUCCGUAAAGCAGGGAGGAGGUGCACGACUUCUCAGUCACAGAGGCACAAUUAACUCAAGCCCCUCCUGCCCAACUGGGAGAGAAUAAAAGGCACAGCAUGGCAGAGAACCCACUCAGGAUUUUGAUCAGGAAGAAAACAGAGCCUUGUUAAUAUUGCAGUGAAGACUUUACAGAGAGAGUGGUGGAGAGAGCACAGAAGAGGAGACAAAAUAGAGAAGUAUCUUCUACAGACCCAAAUAUGCAGGGAAACAUGAGGUUGUGGAUGUCAGUGCUCACUUUGUGUCUGUCUAUGCUGAUCUGCUUGGGUACAUUUGCUGAGGCUUAUCCAUCAAAACCAGACAAUCCAGGGGAGGACGCACCAGCAGAGGACAUGGCCAAAUAUUACUCUGCACUGAGGCAUUAUAUUAACCUUAUAACAAGACAGAGAUAUGGGAAGAGAUCAAGUCCAGAGACAAUGCUUUCAGAUGUUUGGUGGAGAGAAAGCACAGAAAACAUCCCCCGAUCACGGUUUGAAGACCCCCCUAUGUGGUGAUGAAAACAGAAGCUCAUCAUAAGUCUUUUACAAGUUUUUCAUCCAUACUUCAUAGUUCUAUGACAAAUAAGACUUUAUCAAUCCUUCAACACACAACCGAUGCAUGCAGACAUUUCUGAAGAUCUGUAGAUUUUAUUUUAUUAUCCAUUUUACCCGUACAGAAACAAAUGCGACUCAGUGGAAUACAUGGUUUCUGCAUUGUAAAAUGCAACAGGAUAAGUGUAAAGAAGCUAGUAACGGGGCGUACACAUAUCUGAGGGGCUGGCAAAAAGGGCCAAUUGGGAAUCAAGUGCUAACGGCAUCCCUCUCGAAUAACGCCGCUGUCUGCGCAUCUUCAGCUGUAUCUAUUAUGUGUUUAUUUUUGUGUGCAUUAACUAAGGUGCCAUGUGUUGGUUAUCUAGCAAAAUAAAAUCAUUCUGAAACCCCCUUUUAAAGCCAGCUUUUAAAAUUCAGUAUUAUAGCUAUAGUAUUUUGCCAAAGCAGGAUUUGGUUUCUGCUGGUUUCUUGGCUAUUGAAAUGCAAAGUGAAACACAUGGAAAAAAAGUUCAUCUAUUUACAUUAAUGUUUUGAAAUUGUCUUUUGCACUAAAUGGGGAUAUAACACUUGCUUCAAAGCAUAUUUCAGAGCUUUCUGAAUAACAGGUAUCUGGAUAAUGGAUCCCAUACCUGUACCUAACCCUGAACAUUUGGUGGACAUUGAACACAUGGGGGGAUAUACAAAUAAUUAGUGCACUGGACUGCAUAAAAUACACCAAUAACCUUACUUGGUUCUGCCUUGUGACUGCCAAUGUGCAAACAACACAGCGCAGUCCAGGUGUGGGAUUUGAAUAGUUACCCUCUUGAAGCAGUACUAUAAUAUUUGGACUAGAUGGAAGGAUUUGAUUGGAUCAAGAUGUACAGGAAAUGAUUGAAUGCUGUUCCAGUAAUAGAUCUGUCAUAUCUCGAAUCAUGGGAACUCUUACACCUGCCUAGCUGCACCCCUCAUAGGCCCAACUGCAUCCACAAGCCAUUCACACUCUGCCUCUUUCAUGGCAGUCUGGGCCCUCCAUUUGUACUAGGCCCCUGACUGGACUCCUGCCUGUCAUCCCCAUGGCAGCCCUGGCCCAAACACGAAACACUUUCCAAUAAAUUUAUGUCAUUGUAAAUACGCCUGUGUACUGCAGUGAGCUAUAAAGAUCCACACGUGUGCUCUUUAAAGUCAUAUUCUGUAUGUGUGCUGUAAGCAUGUCACAUGGUACAUUAUAGCACAAGGUUGUUUAAAAGACCCCACAUUCCAUCUGUACAAACACAACCCCUAUAUUCCACAUUUACUAGUAGUGUAGAACAUAUCAGCAGGUCCCACAGACUAGGGACACCCCAGAAUCUUACUAUGACUUAUCUAAAUGAAGUGAGUAAAUUGUUUUCGGUAACAUUCUGAGGUUUGUAAAGGUUUGCUUUGUUUUGAAUAGCAAUUAACAUGAAUGUAAAUGUUAUUUUCAAUAGAUCAAGUAACAUUAUAUAAGUGUAUUAUGUUUAGCAAAAUCUACUUGCAGUUCAAUAGCCAUUAAUUUGCUUUCCUCUCCUGACAAAAAUGAGAUGUGGGGUUACAGAAAUUGUGGGACAAAUCUAUAUCUUGAUAGAAGUACAGCUGUGGUAUAAAUCCAGCUCUUAAGCACUGUAUAUUGCAUUACAGUAUAGAAUACGCACACGUUGUGCAUAUGAUAAGUAAGAUAGCUUGGGAUAAGACAGGCAAUUAAAAAUGAAAAUCUUCAAUCUGAAUUUAAAAUGUCUUAAAUAAAACUCCAUUUUAAUACAUGUGAUGUUAUCCAAAUGUAAUCAUGCAUUAAAGGUACUUUUGUAGUGGUCACAAAUGCAUUGAUUUUCUUUAACAUUUUCUUCCAUCCUCAGCAGAAAGAAUAACAAUGUAAUAUUAAGUGUAAAUUGUCAUACGAUGCUCUUUUGAUUUUAUACCAUUUCCGUCAAUUUUUUAGCACUGAAUGAAUAAAAUAUAUAGCAUUUUAAAUGCAAGAUUUUAAAGAAUCUCAUUGAGUGUAAUAAAUCAUAAUCAAAAUAAGCAA